AAAUUUUCAACUUUGAACAUCUUUUUUAUAUUUUAACUGUAAAAGUUAGUCAAAUUUUUUUUUACAGAAAAUGACUAUAUUUUCAUUAUAUGAGUUCAGCAUAAAAAAUACUAUAAAAAUCAUAUAUUAAACUUUUUGUGAUAAAAAGAAUGUGAAAUAUUAUAAAUCAGUGAUAGGCAGGCACAGUCUGUUUUCCUGGUGGGGGAAUUCAAGGAAGGAAGGAGUAGAAUAGUGAGAGUAAUGUGACAUCACCUUGUCUUUACAAUUGGCAAUUCUGAUCAUAUACUCAAUGCUCAUGAAAAGUUUUAAAAAGUAUCAAUACUAGUAUGCAGAAUAUUUAUUUAACAUUGUAAAAGUAGAAAUAUUAUUUAUUAUCUAAAAAAAAUAACAUCAUUAAUUUUAUUAUUAAAAAAUGCUUAGUCCAGAAACGUGGAAUUUUAAAUCACCUCAGUACCAUUUUUCUACUGAAAAAAGAGAUUACAAGAAAAGUGAUAUACCAGACGUAGUUAAAUCACAUUAUUUUAACCAUUCUGUAUCUUUGGUACUUCCUGAUACAACUAAAAUUCCGGACGAACUGCGAACUUGUCUUUCGGAAGAUAGCGAUUAUUAUCGUAUUGAUGGGCUAAAUGUAUUUGAAUUAAUAAAUAAAGAAUUUAUUGAAGCAUUCGUCAAAAAAGGAGAGUUGACACUUUUAACAAUAGGAAAUAAAAUAGAUAUAGAUAAUUCAGUUGCUAUUACACCAACUGGACAUUUAAUAUUAUCUUUAUUAACAGAGGAUUAUCAAAAACUUGGUUUAGAAGGCAAAGCUUCCUUCUUCGACCGUAAAGUGCAUACACGUUAUGGUAAGUUCUAAGAAGAAAACUAAUAAAUUUCAAAAUGCCAAGAAAGCAUCAGGUACAUAAGCUGGUGGAUCUAGCAUUACAUUCUAUUGGAGAGUUUGUAAUUAUUUUUGGUAGAUCCUUGACAAAAUAUAUUUGCGUAAUUUCUAAAACUAAUCCAGAAUAUGGACAUGCUAAGUUACAUUCAAUGUUAGAAUUUAUGAAACAUUUAUUAAGCUACAAUAUACCUCGACAUCUAUAUGAUAAAAUGUCUAGAACAGUAUUAACUGCAAUUGUUAAUUUGGUCAAAGAAACUAGAGGCACAUAUAAUGAUUAUGCUUUAACUACAACCUUUUUAUCAGAGAUAACAGUUGCUCUUCAUUUAACAGAAGUGGUUGUAGAUACACAUUUAAGAAUGAUUGAAUUUUCUGCUUGGCCUAAAAUAAUGCGUCAUAUUCUUUACAAUAAAUUACCUGACAUGAUUGGUCUUGAAGUUUUGGACUUAGGCUCAGGAUCAGCUGGUUGGAGAAUAUCUGAUAUUGAAAAAAUUAUUAUUAGUGGCAUAACUACUAUGCCAAAUUUAGUAUGUUUUGUUUUGUGUUUUGAUUGCACAGAUAACAUUAUAGCAGCUCUAGCACAGAACUGUAAAAAACUUCAGAAGUUAGAUGUAACUGCAUCUAAAUCUGUAACAGAACGCAGUAUUGGCCCCUUACUGUCAUGCAAAUAUUUAAAAGAAAUUAAGUUAUGUAAAACUUCUGUGACUGUAUCUGGUUAUGCAACUUUCUUUCUAGAACACUUAAAUAUAGAAGAUAUUGGUAGAUGUGAUGAAUUUGGAUAUGUUUUAGAGCAUAUUCAUCAGAAAGAUAUUAACUCAACAAGUUCUUUUCACAUAAAAAAAUUUGAAUGCAGAAAUUUGAACGCAGAACAUUUAUAUCUUCUGAUUGAUAUGUGUCCAUAUAUUACAACUCUUUGCAUAUUACGCGAUGAAAGAAUUAUGGAUCUCACAAUUUUAGCUGCUCUUAAUUACUUAAAAGAAUUAAAACUUCUGUCUUGUGAUUUUUAUACCCAUGGAAUAAAAACGCUAUUAGAAAUAAAAGGUUGUACAAUUACAAGUCUACAUUUGGAACAUGUAGAUGGAAUUGACUUGAAUGCACUUAUAUCUAUAAGUCAAUAUUGCCCAAAUAUAAACAAUCUAGUUUUCUAUAACUGUGAAUUAUUAGAACAAGGACCAGUUUAUCCAAGAAAGUUUGCAGUUUCUCCAUUCCAGAAUUUAGAAAGAAUCAAAUGUGUAACAGAAUGUGCGAACAUACAUCUAGAAUUUUUACUCUCAUAUUGUAAAAACAUUAAAUUUAUUCAACUGGGUUCAUCAACUGGUAUUGAAGAUGAAACAAUAAGAAGAAUAUUUUCACAAAACCCAAUGCACAAAUUAGAAGAGCUUAAAAUAUUGUAUAGUCAUGAUUUAUCAAUGAAAACUAUACAAUUAUUAAUGCAUUCUUGUGAUAAUUUAUAUCGUCUAUCAGAAUUAGAAAAUUGGCAAGGAAUAUCUCCUGCAGAAUUAAAUAUGUUUAGAGAAGAGUUAAAAAAUACUAACGUCAACUUGGAUACAAGUCCAAGCUUAUCUUUUGCAUAAUAAAAUAUUAAACCUAACUAGAUAUUUAUAAAUGGUUUAAGAAAAAAAAAAAAUAUAUAUAU